UGUGACUAACCAGGAUAACAGCUUUCUUCCCCCUGGUUUGAGAAGACUGGUUCUCUCACUCAAAGUCCUUACUUGGCCGUUCGCCGAGUCAGCAGCGGCGUUUAAACGCCAUAUUUCAUCAGCUUGCCGUAAAUGUGUGACGUAUCACAACGAGUUUUUGAAAGAGUGCCAUUCAGGAACGUGUAUCUAAGAAAGCAGUGACUGUUUAUAUACUGAUUUGCCUUCCGGCGCUAUUGUCAAGAUGAUCGCACUGAUUCCUCUUACCUGCUCGUCAGUUUUCAGUCAACAUAGAAGUUUGAUGGAGCAAUUAUACUCAGAUUUGUGAUACCAGUGUCCAGUAGCAUUUAAAAUUUUUAUUAUUCGCCUAGAAUCUCCUAUAAAAACUAAAUAUCAGAAAAGACUUCAUUCCAUAGAUUUCCCCCCCCCCCAAAGAAUUGUGCAAAAUAAAAUUCUGGAGACAAUUCAUUGCAGGUAUAGUGUGCAAUGUGAUGACAGAUCGCCAUAGGUCGUAGCGAAAAUCAAAAAUUGAAGACAGUCGAAACUAAAAAGCAAUGUUGAUAUACUAAUUACUGCAAUAAAUUUAUGUAAAAAAGUAUUUUCAACGAAAGGCGUUGGUGAUUCGCCUUUAAAUGCCUAAUUAACACCUAAGUCUACAGGACUGAUUCUACUCUAGUAGUACCAGAGUUCCUAAUUUUGAACUAUGUCCACUCACACAGACUCCGAAUCGCAGUCUUCUGAAAAACUGACCUCACCCAUGCCGGCCGGCUCGGAUGAUAAGGAGGACGGAAAUGAAGAGGUGGACAUUGAUGUGACCAGUGUCCCCUCCGAAAAUGACCCCCUCGUGUCCUCCGAUGUCGAAGCGGGGUCCGAAGAGGAUGAAUACUUUAAACCCAUCAAAAAACUGUGCAUGGCCCCAUCCCGGCCAAGUGCUCCACCUGUUCCCGUGGCAGCCCCUAGCAGCAAACCCCUCAGCUCUUUCUUCAUCAAGGACAUUCUUAGCCACAAACCUGCGUCCAUCCAGCGGACCCUGUCCACAGAUGUCCGGGGGAUCGUCCGACCGUGGGAUCUGGACAGUUCCGCGGGGUCUAGGCGAAGGCCCCGCUCGGCAGACGAUGACUCUCGGUCGGAGAGAUCUGAGAGCGAUUCGCCGGAAAGCCCUGCUGUGGCUAACCCUAACGCGUCGCCGCUGGAUGCGCUGUUCGAAAUGACCAGCAAGGCUUUCGAAGGACUCGAAGCGAACGAAAAAGCUGCAGAUUCGUCUCGUGACCACCUAAGUAUGUUCAACAACCGCCAACAACCAAAGAAGAAGCGAAAAUCUCGCACUGCUUUCACAAACCACCAAAUAUUCGAAUUGGAAAAGAGAUUCCUGUACCAAAAAUACCUCUCCCCCGCCGACAGAGAUGAGAUUGCUCAGUCCUUGGGUCUCACCAAUGCCCAGGUCAUCACAUGGUUCCAAAACAGGAGGGCGAAGCUUAAGCGGGACAUGGAGGAGCUGAAGAAAGAUGUAGAGCAUUCCAAAGUGACCAGCGCAUCCAAACACAUUAUUGACAACAUUCACGAUCUCAGACUGCUGAAGAAAUCUAAGGAUGGCAAGAUAUUGUGCACGAUGAUGCCCUGACGGUGACUUAAACUUGGCUCACGAUGAACACAGCUCGCCUGCUUUCACCGGUAAAGAACUAAUAAUUCGCUUUGAGCCAAAACUUGCUGUCAGUAGUUGGAAGAAACAUAACAUUGGCAUGGAAGAUAGUGAAAUGGUUUUAUAAUUUUUGAAAAAUAAUAAAAAGCGAUAAUUCAGGAACUCAGUAAAA